AUGUCUCUCUGUAAUGUAUGCAAUUUACCAACAAGGGAAAUAGACAAUGGAUAUGUCUGCCCGAAUGGCCAUGUAACCACCAAAUUAAAAGAAGUAGAUGAUGAAACCGACUGGAAGUCAAGUCUACCAGAGGGAAAGAGAAGGAAGUAUCCUCAGUUAAAGGAGAUCAUUCAUACGCUUAAUACAAUGGACCUCUGUGCUCUUAUAGGAGUGAAGUACUUACACUCUCUUCUAAAAGAGUAUGAAAUCCCAUACUCUGCAUUCUCCAGGUACAAAGAGCUCUACUACUCCUUCUCUAUUGCGAUAGAGUCCCUCCCAGAAAUAAAGUUAUGCAGUGGGUAUAGGAGGAUAGCAGAAGUAUUUGUAUUCUUAGUCAAAAGGGAUUUAGAGGAGAAGAAGGGUCAUCUCUACACACUCACUGACUUCACACGAAAAUUAGACACCUGCAGGUGCACACAGAAGUAUUUCUUAGCUGUACGGCGGCAUAUUCAAGUGAGGUAUCUAAGGACAGUCACAAAAUCCAAGCAGAUCACGUAUAAAAUAUCAUCACCAGACAUAGCAAACCUUCUUAGACUAACAUUCCCGAACAAGAAGGAGUAUACUCAUGGGAUUAUAGGCAGGCUAACUGAGCAGGCCCUUUAUAAAUUAUGUACACAACUGGGCAUAACAGUCACUCCCUGUUUAAAAGAGGGUUAUAUCGGGUUUAAGGACACAUUAGAUCUAUUACAAUUCCCUGCCCGGUAUAAGCACUUAUGCCUAAGUGAGGUUUAUAUCACAGGGUAUUUAUACUUAUACUUUCUAUCACGGUGUUCAUUAACCAUGAUCAAUGGGUACAUUUAUGUAGUAGAAGCACCGCGAGAUCUGUCCGGUGGCCGGGUUAUACAGGAGUUCUUCUCCAGGGAGCAUAAUAUAUCCAGUUUCAAGCAGUUUAAUAUGGUUAUGAAUGUGAUAGAGCAGUACAAUGGGAAUCAGGCCCCUUUACUCAAUCCGAUUGAGUAUCCACUGCCUGCUUAUGGGCGUGGCACCAUUAACAGCACCGUACAAGCGAGCACUUCCAACAGGAUUUUAAGUGAGUUACUUAAUGUGAGUGGGUGCUCAUCCAAGCAGGUAUACAAAUUAUUAUUUAAGUUAAUGUUAGUGUACCAAAAGUAUUCACACAGAAUAAUUAAUGACUAA